AUGUCGCUACGCAGCUUUGCCCUUCUGGGUCUAGCUGCCAGCGCCCUUGCUGAGCCCAAGGUGCUGUACAUGCCAAUGACCCGCAACCCAAAUGCCAACCCUCUCGCCAAACGAGACGCUGCCUCCGUCACCGUCACAAAUGCCAUGAACGAAGGCAUCUACUUUGUGAACGCUACAGUCGGAACCCCCGGUCAGCUGGUGCAGUUGGUCUUGGAUACUGGCAGCAGUGAUGUCUGGUUUUUCGGUCCUAAUUCGUGCAACGCGCAAACCUCUGAUUGUCUAGGUGGUAUAUAUGACCCCUCCAAGUCCUCGACCGUUCAGCUAUUCGAACCCACAGGCGGCUUUUUCAUUCAAUACGGCACACCUAAUUCCAGCGUGACUGGUAAUUAUAUCCUAGAUAAUUUCAGCGUUGGCGAAGCCAGCGUCAAAAACCUUACCAUGGCUUAUGCUACCAAUGCGCAGUACGUUCCUACCGGUAUAAUGGGUAUUGGAUUCGACACCAACGAGGCCAUUACAGGAGAAGGCGGCCAGCCCUAUCCAAACUUUGUCGAUAUACUCAAGUCACAAAACGUCAUCAGCACCAGGGCAUACAGUUUGUGGUUGAAUGAUCUGGAUUCAAAAACUGGAAACUGUUUGUUUGGUGGCUACGAUACCAAGAAAUUCUCCGGCAACCUCUUGACGGUGCCCAUUCAGCCCGACGAGUCCUCUCGUCAAUUGACCAGUAUGACUGUCGCAUGGACUUCUCUCGGCAUUACGACCAAAUCUGGGUCACAGACAAUUACUGCCGCGUCGUUUAAAUCGCCCGCGUUGCUCGAUUCCGGUACCACAGUGAGCAUAGUGCCGAUGGAUAUCUAUCAACUAUUGCUCAAGUUCUUCGAUGCCACAGUAGACGAAGCAGGUGAUGCAAUUGUCCAAUGCGCGCUUCUUGAUGAGGCGGGCUCUCUUGACUUUACAUUUGGUGGACCCAACGGUCCAACCAUCAAGGUUCCUUUCUCCCAGUUUGCGUUACCUGCAAUGAACACAAACGGCGGGCAGGCGAAAUUUAACGAUGGCUCGUUGGCGUGUUUCCUUGGUCUAGAAGGAACACAAGGAGAUAUGCCCGUCAUUCUCGGCGACACUUUCCUUCGCUCUGCCUAUGUUGUGUACGAUCUCGACAACAAGCAAAUCUCUCUCGCGCAAACCGUCUUCAAUGCAACGGACAGCAACAUCGUUGAAAUUACCUCCGCCAGCCCUAUUGCCAGUGUUGUUAGCGGCGCCACAGUCACCCAGACCGCCACUGGCAACCCCAACCAAUAUGGCGGUCCUACUGCCACCGCCGCUCCGACCGGCUCGAGGGGUGGCUCAGGCGGCUCAGGCGGUUCAGAUGUUACCACCAGCAGCAUUACCGUGUCUCUUGAUCCUGUCGCGCAGACUGGCUCUGCAUCCUCCUCCUCCUCAGCAUCCUCUGGUCAGAAAUCUUUGGCCAACCCUGCUCCUGUUCCGGAUUUCAUGAGCACGGCCCUCAUUGCUGGAGCGUCUAUGUUGCUUGGAGGAGUUUUCUUCGCCCUUCAUUAG